AUGAGACGUGGAGGUACGUCUGGUAACAAAUUCAGGAUGUCACUUGGUCUUCCAGUUGCAGCCACAGUGAACUGUGCAGACAACACAGGUGCUAAGAACCUUUACAUCAUUUCGGUUAAAGGAAUCAAAGGUCGUCUCAAUCGGUUACCUUCUGCUUGCGUUGGUGAUAUGGUUAUGGCUACUGUCAAGAAAGGUAAACCAGACCUCAGGAAAAAGGUUCUUCCUGCUGUGAUUGUUAGGCAGCGUAAGCCGUGGCGCCGAAAGGACGGUGUUUUCAUGUACUUUGAAGAUAAUGCGGGAGUGAUUGUGAACCCGAAGGGAGAAAUGAAAGGUUCUGCGAUUACUGGACCGAUUGGGAAAGAGUGUGCGGAUCUUUGGCCAAGGAUUGCUAGUGCUGCUAACGCCAUCGUCUAG